AUGGAUAUUCAAGCAGACAACUCAAAAAGUGCUAUAAUUAAGCCUCACAUAAAAUUAAAGUCAAGUCCUGAGGCUUCCCAGAUCUCGAUUCAAGAGUUUUUAAACUUUUUGAAAACCGCCUACCAGGUACAAGACAGUGUAGAAGGUAUCUUGAUGUCAGGUGGUAUGUCCGAGGCAGUUAACUGGUUAAAACGUAAAGAAAAUCAGAUGUCGUUGAAGAGCAUCUGUUGUCAGACUAUUUUAGAUGUAAAUAAAAAAAGAAGCGCUGCAAGUGUUUCCGAUGCAGAUCCUUUGAAAAGAAAAUUAAAUGAAGUACUAUCGGAGGGACUACUCGACUCUGUCCUACCUUACCUAGUUCAAAAUGCAACAUCGGUGAAGAAAUCUAUAGCAAAGUUACAUGGUAAAAGAAACAAAUCGUCUAGUAAUCCAAUAGUAUGUUCCACAAAUGAAAAGACUAUUUCGAGAAGAGCAAGUGACAGUUCUAUCAAACCAACAAUAACCAAAACAGACUCCGAGGUAGAAAUACACGUAUGCGACGAAGUGAAGAACAUGAAGAAAACAUUUGUUUGCAAUCAAAAGUUACUGAUAGAAAAAAUGGGAUAUUUUGCAGAAGUAACACUAGGUCAAAGACUAGAAGACAUGGACAUUUCAGUACAUUGCGACAUUGGUAUUUUCGAGUGGCUGAUGCGGUGGGUUAAAAAAGACGCAUUCCUUGAAGAUGAUUGUCCCGAAUUGGACGCUCAAUGUGUUAUUCCCAUUCUAGUCUCAGCGGCUUUCCUACAGAUGGAACCGCUUUUAAACGAUUGCUUGUUAUUUUGCCACCGCCAUAUGAACGAGAUACUGAGGACCACUAGCAACUUAUCAUGUUUAAACGAUUCCGUUCUGACAAGACUAGCUGCUAUGUAUACCAAUGUCGAGGUAGAGUCGAUAAAAGAUCGUAAGGAUAAAAUUCAGUCGCGGCUUUUCUCGAAAUUAAUACAGUCGCUGGCAGAACCGGAACCGGAAAGUGUGAGGGGUCACUGGUGCUCCUUAGCGAGAAUAUUUAGGUGUGAAAAAUGCGAACAGCUCAUAACUCCUGCUGUGGCAAUCAAAAUACCCUGCACACCUUGUUCUAUGAGACUGCAACCAGAUGGGUCCAUCAUAAGUUUACACGUAAGAGAUUCUUCUUGGGACAUAAACAAUUAUAUAAUCAAACUCCACAAAACUCUAAAAACGUGGCGUAAGGUCUAUUGGAGACUAUGGGGCGAGGCACACGUUUUAUAUUGUAGUAUAUGCAAACGCUACUUCCCUUCGAAUCAGAUUGGAUGGUGUCGGUAUCACCCGGACGCACCCCAGUUUUUUACAUUAGACGCACAAAAAGCUCCUCUGCCUAUCGGAAGAUAUCCUUGUUGCGGGGAGAGGGCUUACAGGUUCCAGUUGCUAGAAAACUUUUCUGGAUGCCAGUUUCGGCAGCAUGUGGUUUGCACGCAGGACGUUAGGGAUUCUGCAGUAUUCACCAUGCUAGAGGCUUACCGGCAUAUUAUAGAAGAAGAGCCGCCUCAGUUAUUGUUUCCAGAACGAUUAACUAGACUGGUGGCUAGAGAUUUGAACAACGACAAGAAAUUUGUCUGUAAGGAAACUUUCUGGUGGGAAGGUUUUGAAAUAAUUCCUCCACGGCCAAAGAUGGGUCUUCUUACUGUUUUUGCAAAUAGGAAGGAAGAAAGUAGUGCAUCGGACGAAAGUACAGAAGAGGAGGAAGAGGAAGAAUCUACUUCUUCAACGUCUUCCGAAAGUGACGAAGGCAGUGCUGAUGAAAGCAAUCCCACCCCCAAUAAGGUGCUUAGACGAAAGAAGUCAAAGAAAAAGAGAGAAUCAAAAUUAUGGCAACAUAAUUUAUCUGCUAGAAACAACCAAGAUAUACAAAGGGCUUAUGAGGAAAUUGCAGUUAAGCAAAUGACGGCGAUAUUGAAUAAAAACUCAGUAAACGAAAACGUUCGUAACUGUAGAAAUGCUCCGAGAAUCACAACACCAUUAGGUGGCGCUUGGGUGCGCUUAGAAGCGGAAUGGAGGGAAAGCUUCAAUAGCCAGGUCGCUGCUCAGCAGAAACCGAAAAAUAUCUUCACCACGGGCAAAAUCCACAGGCCUCGUGGAAAAUAAAGUUGUUAAAUGUCCUCUCGAGCUCAUUAUUAUAAAUAAAACUCGUAAAACCAGA